AUGAGGAUCUCGACAGCUACUUUAUGUGGACUAAACGGAGUCAAAAGGAGUUUUCUCAAACCAUUCAAGCCAAUAUUUUUUUCAGGUUAUCUGAAUUACAGUACUUCGGCAGAUGGCCCCAAGUCGUCGAUAUAUUCAGUAGAAAACAGAAGCACAGGCAAACACAUAUUGUCAAGAAAAACUUUCUUAGUUGAUUACUAUAAAUACUUGAAUGAUAGAAAUGAGGUUUUACUCUAUGUACAUCAUAACAAUAUAACUAAACCAGAAAACAAGAGGCUUCGUUCUGAAAUAAAAAAAGCUGGCGGACAGUUGAAUAUUAUUAGAAACAGCAUCUACAACAUUUACUUGAGGUCGGAAAAUGAUCUAGACCCUGCUGACGCUGCCACGUCGACGAAAAAUAGGAAUGUUACUCAUCCUUUAUCCCCAUUGCUAAGUGGUCCUACGGGAGUCAUCACCAUACCUAAAUGUGAUCCUAGCGCUGUGGCUCAAAUCUUAAAAGUGAUAAAAGGAGCCCAGGAAAAACUUAUAUUAAUAGGUGCAAAAGUUGAACUGAACGUGUAUGAUGUCAAGCAAGUUGACCAGUUCAAAGACCUUCCUAAUAAAGAGCAAUUACAGAGCCAGUUGGCCGGCUUGCUUACCGUCUUAGGAGGUGCUGGCUUAGUUAGAACUUUAGAGGCAGCCGGCAAUACAUUGUAUUUGACUUUAGAAGAGCGUCGCAAAGAUAUGGAACCAAAAAAGUCAGAAACUAAUAGUACUGAGAAUAAUGAAGACUAA